AUGUCCCAAUCUCAACAAGACAUUGAGGAGUUAUAUGAUCUUUAUACAAAAACUGCUGCUAAUAUUAUUGCUUAUUAUGAAACUAAUGAAAGGAAGAAGAAGUUAAAAGAACUAAGGGAUAUAGUACAAAAUAAUUGUAUUCAAGAUAAAAAAUUAAAAUCAGCAGAAAAUGUAAGAAACCGAUUAUUGGAGUUCUAUUAUGAUGAUGAUGACGAUGAUGUUGCACAAACAAAUAUUAAAUCUGCCUUAAACGAAUAUAAGACAGCCAUAUCUGAAAUUAAUACUGAUGUAUCAAAUGAUGAUAAACUUUUAGAAUUUGAUAAACAUGUGGAAACAUUAUUAGAUAGAGUAGCAGAUAAAGAAACUGAUACAAGUGCAGAAUUACAAUUAACAGGAGGCUAUAUAAAUGUAAUUGAUCCAAUUUCUAAGAAAAGAAUUGUGGAUCCUGUGAAGAAUACUAUAUGUGAUCAUACUUAUGAUCGAGAAAGUAUUACACAAAUACUGAAAAUUAAUAAAAAGACAAGGUGUCCUGUUAUAGGUUGCAAGAGUACAGAAUUUGUAACACUUGCUCAUCUUCGUACAGAUAUUGUAACAAAAGCAUAUCUAGAGAAAAAUCCAGAAUAAUGUUUCAUGAAAAUUUAAUAUUUAACACUGUGUAAUAUUCAUUGUUGAUAAAUGUAUACAAGACCAAAGUUUAGUGUUUAUACAUUAUCAAAACAGAAAUAAAGGCUGCAUGUGAUAUGUCAUGGACCUGAACACAACAUGUGACCUAGCAUGACAUGUUGUACAUUGUAAACAUAUUUCUGUGAUUAGUACUCUAUAAAAAUGUUGG